AUGUCACCUUUACUAAUGCAUGCUGCAAAUUCAUCGGUACCAAUGGAGCCAUUAGAUGAUAUGGAUGAAACAGCUUCGGAAUCAAAUGAUGGUACAGAACAUACGGCUGCAACUACUGUUACUCCUGGAAAGGAAUUGGUGACUUGGUUAGCGGCACAGCCGAAACUUAAUGCGCGAUCUAAAAGUGGUUACAUCUUGUUUUCGGCCGAAGUCCGGAAGAAGGUUAUGCAAGAGAAUCCGGAAGCUGGUUUCGGUGAAGUUAGCAAAAUUGUAGGCAUCGAGUGGAAGAAACUAUCAGAAGAACAAAAAAAACAAUAUGAAAUCAGAGCAGAAUAUAUUGCAAAUGAACGGGCAAAACAGGAAGCACGUGAGCCACCUCAUAUGCGAAUUUUGCCUGGACAAAUUCGAGUAUAUAUGUGCAAGUGGCAGACGUGUGACUUCCAAUAUGAUAACCCGGAGGAACUGUAUGACCACGUAAAAACCGUACAUACUUCCCAGAUUGUAGUUGAUGGUGAAAAUCAAUUUGUGUGUUUAUGGACAUCAUGUUUGAAAUAUAGGAAAGAUGGAAAACCGUUUCCUUCUCUUCCACGCCUUCAUCGACAUAUUAAAGAGAAGCAUUUGGCAACAUCAGCGAAAUCAAUAUAUCCAAAUCAAAGGAGCAAGAAUUAUAUACCAACUUAUGUACCUGGUUCGUCUGCCUCAUCAGUAACUCCGGGAACAACAACAUUCGUAGCCGUUCAGCAGCAAACAAAUGGACCGCAACAAGUUCAUCAAACUUAUACAAUUCAACAAGCACCAUUAACAUAUGUUACUCAGGCAGUUGUUUCUACUCAUCAAAUUGUUGCCAAUGGAUAUGUGAAUGGAACUGCAGUAGCUGUAGCGCCGACAGCUUAUUUGGCAGCUACACCAACCGUUGUUCAUACUAGUUCUCCUCACGGUUAUCAUCCAUACCAACAAGUGCGGCAG